AUGGUGCUGAAGGAGCUACCAAGUAAGGCAUCCUCAGAAGCAAACGCCCUCCUCACCGUGACAACCAAGCUGGCGAGUGAGCAACAAGAGAGCCGCCCCCUUCUGAGCCCGUCCAUCGACGACUUCCAGACGGAGACUAAGAGUGAUGGAGCCAGCCGGCCGGUCACCUCCAACACAGCAGUUCUGUCCACAGCGCUGGACUUGGUGGACCUGAGCGAGACCACGGAGAGGAGAUGGAGCUGGGACCGGCGGAGCCCCCUGGGCUCGCGGAGAGAGGGGCGCAGGUGCAGCCCGCGCCGCAAGAAGCCCGACGAGACGGAGCUCAUCCAGGUGGAGCCGGAGACGGAGCCGCCCUCCCCCGGACCUCUGAACCCGGAGCGGAUCUCUCUGGACUCAGUCUCUCGCGGCUCUUCUCCCAAGGAGCGGUGGGAGGAGGUGAGUCUGCGGCCCGACGGCGCCGUAAACGGACCCAGGAAGUGGCGGUACGAGAAGAAGAGGUGCACUUCGCACCACUCCUCCAGAGAGCUGCUCUGGUCGGCCGAGUUCAAGACGGAUCCGUCCAGCAAGCAGCCCCUGGAUAUGAACAUGAGCACCGAGUCCGACCCUGGGCCCUCUCCUCAGCAGAGGCAGAGGCUGGGCAGGUCUCUUCUGGCCAGGAACGCGUCCCUGGAGGAGGAAUUUGUACGAGCCAAGGCAGCCGUGGAGUCAGACACAGAAUUCUGGGAUAAGAUGCAGGCCGAGUGGGAGGAACUGGCCCGCAGAAAUUGGCUGGACAAUCCAGACAACGAAGGUCUCAUUCCGCUCAAUGUGUCGCCCAAUGAGUCGGGUUACUAUUUCCAUACCAGUAAUCCAUACAAGGAAUGGCCCAACGCUUUCGAGGAGGCCCUGCAGAAGUGCAGGGAGGGGGAUCUGAACACGGCCGUGCUGCUGCUGGAGGCGGCCAUUCUACACGACCCACAGGACUCGGAGGCCUGGCAGGUGCUGGGAACCACACAGGCGGAGAAUGAGAACGAGCAGGCUGCCAUUGUCUGCCUCCAAAGAUGUCUGGAGCUUCACCCCAAUAACCUGACCGCCCUGAUGGCGCUGGCCGUCAGCCUGACCAACGCCGGCCUGCAGCAGGACGCCUGUGAGGCGCUGCACCGCUGGAUCCGGCACAACCCCAAGUAUCGGCACCUGCUGCAGAACCGCAGCCCGCUGGACGGCUCGCCCCUGCCCCAGCGCCGGGGCUCGCCCAUCUCCCCGCUGGCCUGCUCCCAGCUGGUGGAGGUGAAGGAGCUGUUCCAGGAGGCCGUGCAGCAGAACACGGAGGACGUGGACCCGGACCUGCAGACGGGCCUCGGCGUGCUCUUCAACCUCAGCUCCGAGUUCGACAAGGCCGUGGACGCCUUCAACUCGGCCCUGUCGGUGCGGCCGGAGGACUACCUGCUGUGGAACCGGCUCGGGGCCACGCUGGCUAACGGGGACCGUAGCGACGAGGCGGUGGAGGCCUACACCCGCGCCCUGGAGCUGCAGCCCGGCUUCAUCCGCUCCCGCUACAACCUGGGCAUCAGCUGCAUCAACCUGGGCGCUCACAGGGAGGCCGUGAGCAACUUCCUGACCGCACUGCACCAGCAGAGAAAGAGCAAGAGCCACCAAAUCAUGUCCAGUAACAUCUGGGCUGCCCUCCGCAUCGCCCUGUCUCUGAUGGACCUUCCGGAGCUCUUACACGCUGCCAGCCUUGGGGACCUGGACCUUCUCAUGAGAGCCUUCAAUGUGGACAUGUGAUCGCACGGGCUCCACGGAAACAGGUCUGGAACACCAGCCAUGACCCCUCAUAUGAACUCUAUUUCCCACCAUGCACUUUUAACUUGGUUUUUGGCCAUGAGAGAGAGAGAGGAGGACCACA